AUGAACAAGCUCAUGCUAUCAGCUGACAAUGAAACUGUUGCUGUCGGUUCCGGUAACCGCUGGAAGAACGUCUACGACUACCUCGAUCCCUAUAAUUUUGCAGUGGUCGGUGGACGCGCUUCGACGGUCGGAAUCAGUGGUCUCACGCUCGGUGGUGGCAUCAGUCACCACACUAACAAGUAUGACUUAGCAUGCGACAACGUUGCAUCAUACGAGGUCGUUUCUGCAUCUGGAGCCAUUAUUACCGUCAGCGAACAAACGUAUCCUGACCUAUACUGGGCUCUCCGAGGCGGCGGUAACAACUUUGGUAUCAUCACGACCUUCAAUUACGAAACCUUUUCCCAAGGUCUCAUGUUUUUUAGCAAACGCCAAUAUAACGCCACACACAUCCCCUCACUAUUCGACGCUUUUGGAAACACGGUUCAGAACGCCGAGGUGGAUACAAAGGCCGCGCACUUUGUCGCCGUCGCGUACAAUUCGGGAUACAGGAUUGCAUCUGCAGAGGACGAAUGCUUUGAUCCGGUUGACGUGUCGAAUCCACCGGCCAUAUUCAACGACUAUCUUUUGAUCCCUAUUACGUUGGGGCUGACUGAAAGCAUGCCGGCUGGCUUACGCACAACAAUGUGGUCGCAAUUGUUCAAAGUCAAUACGGGGCUAAUGGAAGGGAUGAGUAACCACUUUCUCGAAAUCGUUCCUAAGUUUCCCGGUGGCGGCGCCCCCUCGAUGGCCUUCCAAGCUUUUACCAAGCCCGCGCUGAGGGCCAUGCAGAGGAAGGGCGACAAUGCGCUGGUUCUGCGCCCGGACGAUGGGCCCUUCUUCGACAUCCUGCUCUACCUGGCCUGGACGGACGAGAAGGAUGACAAGACCAUAUACAAGACGGCACAGGACUUUCUGGCCGCGUCGACAGCAAAAGCCAAGCAGCUGGGUGCAUACAACGAUUACAUGUACAUGGCAUACAGCAACCCGUACCAGCCCGUUAUAUCCGGCUACGGAGCUGACAGCGUGGCAAGACUAAACAAGGUCUCGAGCAAGUACGGUCCCAAGGGUGUGUUCCAGACGUUGCAACCGACAUCGUUCAAACUCAAUGGGGAAGCCCCAUUUGGCGCUGUCGUCGCCAUAUAA